CACCGUUAGAACGAGGGGCGGGGCCUGGAUGUGUCAUUCAAACAACUGCAAACUUCUAAAUACGAUGGCAGAAAGCGAACAACCUGCACUUUUCACUAAAGUUACGGUUUAUUCUCUACUCGCGUGUGCGGCUCAGUUUGCUGUCGGGUUUGUUUUUGCGCAAAAAUGGGGUAACAAAUGCUCAGCUGUUGAUCGGUGGGUGCUCGUGUGGUUGUUUUACGACGCAAUUGUUCAUUUUACUCUGGAGGGACCCUUCGUCUACAUGUCACUUGUUGGAAACGUGGCGACUUCUGACGGUGUAUUGGCAGAGCUAUGGAAAGAGUAUGGCAAGGCAGAUGAGCGCUGGUUGUACUCCGACCCAACAAUAGUGUCUCUGGAGCUUCUGACCGUGGUUUUAGAUGGUUUUUUGGCCUUGCUUCUAGUCUAUGCCAUCAUCAAAGACAAGCACUACAGGCACUUCGUUCAGAUCACACUGUGUGUGUGCGAGUUGUACGGGGGCUGGAUGACCUUCUGUCCGGACUGGCUAGUCGGAAGCCCUAGCCUGAACACCAGCAACUGGCUGUACCUGUGGGUCUACCUGGCGUUUUUCAAUGGGAUCUGGGUGCUGGUGCCUGGACUCCUCCUCUGGCAGUCAUGGAGGGAUUUAAGAGGAAUGCAUCAGUAUCCAAAGAAGAAGAACAGAUAGAUUCAGAGGAACUGUGGUCGUUAGUAAUCAGCCAUAUGAUUGCCGUAAUUAGCCUUUCACAAUGAACAGAAUGAGAUGUGGAGAGAAUAUACUGCAGAUGAUGCAUUUACAUUUAUUGUGAUCACAGAAUAUUAGAGGAACAGUUGUUAAGGCGUAUCUUUGAAUAAUUGCCGUAGUAAAGACACAAAGGAAGUGUCUCAUACUAUCUGCAUUCCUACCCUAUGACACCUAAACAGUGAAUGCUUUAUUAUUACUUUUUUUUUAAUAUUCAUACACUGAUCCAGGAGCGGUUUCCAACUAAUCGCCUUAGAAAACUAACUUAUCCAGUCCGACAGAAAGCACGCAUUGGUUCAAUUCAUGUUUCAUCGCACCUGCUUGUCUUUAAAAUAUUGAUGAAUCAUGCUUCUUUUUACGCAGACUGUGCUAUUGAGUUGGCUGUUUUCUUGCGAGGUUUUGACAGCAUAACAGGCAAGCCUGAUGUAUUUCGGUCAUAGUCACUUAUAUGCGCAGGCCUGAUCAAGAGAUUUUAGGUAUUUUCUCUAUCAUCGCAAUUUCAAGUAUUCAUUUAUUGCACAAUUUGGGAUUUGCAAUUUUACUACAGCUUCAUGUGUAAAUAAUAUAAAAGGGUAAACGUUUACAAUAAAGGCACAUUAGUUCAUGGUAAUCAAUGCCUUAAUUUGCAAUAUUUGUUAUGGUGAAAAAUGUUACCUAUAAAACACAAAUUUCAUUUAAAAUCGCCUAAUUUCAUGAGUUUACCAUUUGAGUUAAAGUAAUAUUUUUCCUUAUAACGUAUAACCUACAGUUAAACUCAAAUACAUGAUGUAUAAACAGAUGUCGUCAACGUGGCAUUAACGAUGAUGAAUAUGUUUUAAACAUAAGUUCAUGUUAAUUAAUGUAGUUAACUGAAGUUGAUUGAACCUUAUUGUGAAGUCUAAAACGAAAUUGCAUUUCAAAGCACCUGCUUUCUAUUAAUUUUCUUCAAUAAAGCGUGCAGUAUCAAAAUGCAUGUAUCGCAGGAUUCUCAUCAAAAUCACCUCGGCUGCCAAAAUAGUCAUUUAUUUACAAGGGAAAAGAUGUUUGCAAUAACUACAGUGCAUACGCUAAGUGCAGCACAGGAAGACGAGUAACACGUAAUAUUUACAGCACACACAAGAACAAUAAACAAGUGCAGCAGUUCAUUCAGUGCAUUAUUUCUCAACAUUCUUGCUCUUGGCGCUAUGCCUCUUCAUUUUGAUUGUUAGUAAGUUUACGCUUCAAUAAAAGGAGACAUUCUAUGUA